AUGCCCGCUUUCACUCCCUCUGUGCCACCGCUUUGUCCGACCCCCAGCAGUGCCAGCAGCCCCGCGGUGCUGGACGAUGUCAAGCUGCAGUUCGUGACCGAGGAGGUGCGCAGGCGGUUCUCGGCCAUCUCGAUGACGGACAUGCUCGCGGUACUGAGCAAGCUUCUGACGGAUUCGCGCAUCUGCAAGUGCGCCGAGGAGCAAACCGGCGGUGCCGUGAAGAGCGACAUUCACAGAUUUCCUCUUGCGCCGCAGCUGAAGCCAAGCAGCGCAAGCACUCACGGUGGAGGGAAAGCGAUCAGUCACCUUCAGCAGCAGGCUAGCUUGAGCUCCUCCACGGCGAAUGAGCUGAACCUGCGGGACAAGAGCACGAGGAGCUUUGAGAUGAAUGGGGUACCGAUGCCUAACGCGCCGGCCGCUUCGUGGCUGAGCCAGGAAUGGACCACCACCGUCACCUCCAUCCUGGAGAACGCGCGUCAGGAUCGUGGCCCCGCCGACGCACACUGCACCGUUGUGGAUAAAGUGCAGCUGUCGAUCAAUGAAUGGUUUGCGAACGCCAGCGCUGAGACGGCAAAGAGUGAGGGACUGCAUGCCGCCGCUGACCCCGCUGCUUGCGAGUCCCCUGCAUGGCUUGCGACUCUGACGCAGGUGCGCCGCCUGGCUGAAGACACGUGCCGCAGUAAAUAUGAGGCCGUGUAUCAGCGACUCUGCGCCGAGGCUGAAGACGAGGGUGAUGAGGGAAUGACCACGCCAGCAUAUGCACUGCGCGAUGACGGCAGCGCUGUGGCGACCUCCUCCCUCAUGACGCGACAGUCGGUGCAUCGUACCGCGACCGGACCCGUCGGCAUACCGCCCUUCUCCCUUGUGAUACAGUGCGGACGCGACGGAAGCGGAACGGAGGUAUCAACGCCACCCCUCAGCAUUGACCUUGACGCGCGCAACAGCGACACCUGCAGCAGCACCUCGGAGAGGAACAGCGCUUCUUUCGUCGUCGGCUGCGAGUGGUUUCAGUGGGUCUUUCUUCUCCAAAGUCCGCUGGCGUGCGGGAGUGGGCCUUACCCUGAACCAGAAGACGGCGGGGAUGUCGAAGCCGUCGCAGCAGAGCAGCAGAGGUGGCUACAACGGCACUGCACCGUGCAGCUUCUGUACCCCUCCAAGGCCGGUUUCUCGGACGGCUCGGAUGGGUCUUCGGGCCUGCGUUCUGCCGAGGCCGAGUAUGAUCUGAGUGAGCCGCGCGUCGUGCUCUCCUCACUGCUUGGGGUGGCCAUGCGCGUAUGGUGCCGGCGCCACCCGCACAUCGUCGCCCAAGUGCGUCGGCUGGAGGAGGA